AUGACACGUGGAAGAUAUGAACAUCUUGCACCGCCAUCGAAAGUGGCUAAAGUAAAUCGUCUUCAGUUUUUUGGUCAUGUAUCAAGGAGACCAGCAGGUCGCCUUGUUCAGCGAGCUCUGAGGAGUUUAUCGGACUCAUGUUGGAAGAGGCCACUUGGCCGAAAGCGAAAGUUCUGGACUGAGGUGGUGAAAGAGGACCUGAGGACACUUGGCUUUGACAGGCAGUUCAGUCGAGACGUGAAAUUCCGUCGCUUGUGGAAUAGCGACGGAUCGGUAGAUUCUAUGCGAACUCUAGCUGAAGAUCGAGAAGGUUGGGCAGAGCUAUGUUCAGGGACGGCACACCUCGGCGAAGAUGCGGGUAAUCGCGUCAGGCGAUGA